GAGCAGGUGCCCUUCAGUCCCCCUCCCUCUCUGAGCAGCUCCUGUUUGUGACAGAGUUAUCUUUAUCUUCAUCUUUAACUCUAAGACUUAGGAACAUAUUCAUGCUGUCAUCUCUCUGACUCACGAACUAAAUCAACAGCAGCCUUCACACACUCACAGCUAGCAGACUCAUUUCACUGCACAGCUAAGUCAUGGCGGACAGAAAGGACAGCAAGACCCCCAGUAAAGGUGGUCUGAUGAAGAAGAAAGAAAAGAAAGUCGAGAAAGUAGAGAGUAAAUCUGAAAAGGAGAAAGAAAAGAACAAAAACAAAGGUGAAAAGAUGACAAAGAAGCCGGAGAAGAACCCAGAAAAUCAGCAAAAAAAUGAGGAGAUGCCUAAAAAAAAUGAGGAGAUGCCUAAAAAAAAUGAGGAGAUGCCUCAAGGAAAUGAGGAGAUGCCUCAAGGAAAUGAGGAGAUGCCUCAAGGAAAUGGGGAGGUAGCAGAAGGAGCCAAACACCCUGUCAAAGAUGAGGAGUUUGAGCUGGAGCCUAUGGAGCUGCCUCCAUUUGAGAUCAUUGUAGGAGACAGAAUGAACCCGACCUUCUUUAAGUUCCAAUUUAGAAAUGUGGAAUAUUCCUCUGGACGCAACAAGACCUUCCUGUGCUACCAGGUAGACAUUCAAGGAGGCGCUGGAGAGACAGAUGGCCUUCGUGGUUACCUGGAAGAUGAGCAUUCGGGUUCACAUGCCGAAGAAGCCUUCUUUCAUCAGGUGCUGGCCUAUUACGACAAGUCACUCCACUACACAGUGACCUGGUACAUGUCUUCAAGCCCUUGCGCAGCCUGCGCUGCUAAACUCGUAGAGAUCUUGCGAGAACGCAAGACAAUGCGCCUUAUUAUCCACUGCUCCCGUCUCUUCCAGUGGGAGGAACCAGAGAUACAGGGCGGACUUCAGGCGCUAGUUAGGGCAGGGUGUAAAAUACGCAUGAUGAGGCCUGUGGAUUUUGCGUAUGUUUGGUCUACUUUUGUUGAGAACGAGGAAGAUAACUUUACACCCUGGGAGGACUGUCAAGAUAACUAUGAUUAUUAUGAUGAGAGGUUGUGUGAUAUUUUAAAGUAGGGUAAGGAACCGCAGAUGGCUUCUGAUUAAGACUGUUAAAAUCAGCCUGGGCACUGUCUUUAAGAGAUUUUAGUACUAAAAAGCUACUCAUUACAAUGUCUCUGUAAUUACAGCAGCAUUGAUUCCUCUGUCAACACAAUUUGUCCUGUUAAAUCACAUGGUUGACUUUAUUAACUGAUUUUAACUUACAUAAAGAAUUCAAACCACA